CUGUGCCUCAGUUUCCCUUGUUUUACUGCAGCACCUGCACAGCUGGAGCAUCUUCUUCCUCUUGGUGCCACAGUGCCAGGGGACUUUCCUGUCCCCAGCAUCUGCCCACACUUAGAAGGAGCCAAAUAUGAGGGAAAUGAGGAAACAAAAUAGAGGAAAGACUUAAAAGCAAGGAAAAGCAGCCAAAAAAUGAGGGGAAAAUUUUAAAAAUUACAGAAGAAAACAAAUAAUCCAUAAUGACCCGAGCCAGCCACAUUCUGGCACCCGCAGGCAGGAGCAUCCCCUGCCCUGGUGGCAUCUGUGCCAUGCCACAGCCGUGCCGUGCCAGGCAGAGCCAUUCCUGCCAGCUGGGUUUCUGUUCCCCGUUUCCCUGGGGUGAAAGAGGAAAGGGAAGUGUUGCUCAAUGGGGUGAGCACAGCACCCACAGAUGUGCCAAGGGCUGGCAGAGCAGUGGGUCCAGCACCCUGGGACACCCCAAGAGGUGCUGCGGAAGGGCCACACCAGCAGAGAGGACAUUGACGGCUGGGAACACCACCAUGGCCAACCUGACAGCCACGAGCACCGGGAGGAACUCGUGCACCUACCACGAGGAGUUCAAGCAGGUGCUGCUGCCUCUGGUGUACUCGGUGGUGUUCGUGGUGGGGCUGCCCCUCAACGCUGUGGUCAUCGGGCAGAUCUGGCUGGCACGGAAGGCGCUGAGCCGCACCACCAUCUACAUGCUCAACCUGGCCGUGGCUGACCUGCUCUACGUCUGCUCUCUGCCUCUCCUCAUCUACAACUACACCCAGAAGGACUACUGGCCUUUUGGGGACUUCACCUGUAAAUUCGUGCGCUUCCAGUUCUACACCAACCUGCACAGCAGCAUCUUCUUCCUCACUUGCAUCAGCGUCCAGCGCUACCUGGGCAUCUGCCACCCCUUGGCCUCAUGGCACAAGAAGAAGGGCAAGAAGCUGACAUGGCUGGUGUGCGCGGCCGUGUGGUUCAUCGUCAUCGCCCAGUGCCUGCCCACCUUCGUCUUCGCCUCCACGGGCACGCAAAGGAACCGCACGGUCUGCUACGACCUGAGCACGCCCGACCGCUCCGCCGCCUACUUCCCGUACGGCAUCACCCUCACCUUCACCGGCUUCCUGCUGCCCUUCGUGGCCAUCCUGGCCUGCUACUGCAGCAUGGCCCGCAUCCUGUGCCAGAAGGACGAGCUGAUCGGCCUGGCCGUGCACAAGAGGAAGGACAAAGCUGUGCGUAUGGUCAUCAUCGUGGUCAUCGUCUUCUCCAUCAGCUUCUUCCCCUUCCACCUCACCAAGACCAUCUACCUGAUCGUCCGCUCCUCGCCCUCCCUGCCCUGCCCGGCCCUGGAGGCCUUCGCCAUCGCCUACAAGUGCACGCGGCCCUUCGCCAGCAUGAACAGCGUGCUUGACCCCAUCCUCUUCUACUUCACGCAGCGCAAGUUCCGCGAGAGCACCCGCUACCUCCUCGACAAGAUGAGCUCCAAGUGGCGGCACGACCACUGCGUCACCUACGGCUCCUAGGCGAGGACGAGGCCACCUCGGUGCCACCAAGGCACGGAGCAAUUUCGGUCUAAGCUCCACGGAGCAGAGAUGGCUUCACCGGGGACAUGCUGGAGGAGAGGAGGAUGGCAUCCCCCAAGCUGUCAGCACCUUCAGCCCAUCUCCAGCCUGGUGAUGGAUCUGUGGUGAUCCACCUCUAUCCAGUGGUGCAGUGUUAACCCCAUCACAGAUCCAGUGUUCUCUCCCUUGCUCACUUGGAGCAGCUCAGCACCUUGGUGGCCAAGCCACCAAUGCAAUAAAAAUCCACUGGGACCGUGGAGAACAAGAUGGAGCUCCAUGGAGGACACAUCCCUGGCUCAGGAUGAGAUGCUGGGGGAUGAUUUGUCCCCAUACGCAAUUAAAAAUUCCCUGAUGGGGACAGCAUGAAGGCUGGGGAGGGUUUGGUUCAGCCCUGCCUCGGGGCCGUGUGUUCCUCCAGCUCAAGAUCAGUGUCACAGGUGGUUUUAGUGAAACAUCCUUUUUGGGACAUCCCUAUCCCCCAGUGCCCGGAUUGAGGCCACACCAGCAAGAGACACAAGCUCACUGGUAUUGCUGGUGCUGCAAAAUGGUGGAGGAGCACCCCUAGACGGACUGGGAACAGGGAAAGGGGACAUCAGGGCAACCAGAACACCCAUGCUGGAUUUUCCAUUGAAGCCACGACCAUGGGCUGGGUUAGGCAGCAUUGUCACCUGCCUGGUGACCUUCACCUGAAUCCAGCUCCCUGCUUAGCCCAGCACCCUAAAUCUGGCCCAUGCUGGUGUCAGUGGUGCCCUGCUGUCACCUCCUAACCAGGAUCCACCGCAAUCAGAGCCAGCACACAUGGACACAACGCCCAGAGUUGGAAGAUGCAUUCCACAGAGAGCUACUCAGUGUCCUGGCCAUGUCACCACACAUCCCACAGCUGGCUUGGCCUCUCAACGGGGCUGGGGCUUGAGCUUUGCUCCCCCAGCCUCUGUUGGGAUGCUGCUCCCUCACAGCAAGGAGGGAUUUGAGAGGUGGAUGCACCACUCAUGGCUCUGCGAGUCUUCUCUACCAUAUAGGAUGUAUAGAAUUAACUCCCUGCUCUCUCUCAGAUGGGUGUAUACACCCACUGUAUGUACAGACAUAGAAUAUAUCCGAGCAGAGGGAGGUUUGUGGCCCAGCCCAGGCUCUGCAGUGCAGAAAUUCUCUGCCUGAACACGGUAUAUGUAUCUAUACAGUGUAUAUAUAUAAAUAUAUAUGUGGAUGACUGCA